AUGGAAAAUUCAGAGUUGCCUCCAAAGCAGGAAAUUUCCAAAGAAACAGAGUCACCUGAUGGGACAUCAGGAGGCCUGUAUGGGAUGGCUCCUGGGGGACCAGAAGCUGGAAAUGCCUGUGAAGAAAUUUUAAUAAAGCUAGAAGCACAACCCUCAGAAGAGGAAGGGAGCAGACUAGAAAGUGGUUUACUGGAAAGAACAUGUGAGGAUGAAAACAAAUCUACAGAAGAUGGAUGUGAUGAGUAUAAGGAUCUUGGGGAACACAGGAAUCUGUCUUGUAGUCCUACAGAAUUUCAAGUUUUGAAGGCACAGAAAUUCUAUCAAUGUGAUGAAUGUGGCAGAACUUUCAAUCGAAGUACACACCUCACUAACCAUCAGAGAAUCCACACUGGAGAGAAGCCCUUUGUAUGUAAUGAGUGUGGCAAGGCCUUUAGGCAGACAUCUCAGCUCAUGGCUCAUCUCAGAACCCACACGGGGGAAAAGCCCUAUGAAUGCAGCAAGUGUGAAAAGACCUAUCGACACAUGUCCAAUCUCAUUCAACACCAGAGAUACCAUAAUGGAGAGAAACCGUAUAAAUGUAAUGAAUGUGGGAAAGCUUACAGUGUGAGUUACAAACUCUAUGACCACCUGAGAACCCAUACGGGGGAGAAGCCUUACGAAUGCAUUAAGUGCGGAGCAGCCUUUUCUCGGAAUACUUAUCUUCUCCGGCACCAAGCACUUCACACUGGUAAGAAACCUUACAAUUGCAACGAGUGUGGGAAAGGUUUAUCUUCUAAAAGAGAUCUUAUUGACCAUCAGAGAAUUCACACUGGAGAAAAGCCUUUUGAGUGCAAUGAGUGUGGCAAGGCCUUUCGUCAGAAUAGUAACCUUAUUCGACAUCAGAGACUUCACACAGGUGAAAAGCCCUAUAAAUGCAAUGAGUGUGGCAGAUCCUUCGGUCGAAAGUCACACCUCAUUGCACAUCAGAGAAUUCACACCGGGGAGAAGCCCUAUGAAUGUAUUGAGUGUGGAAAAGCCUUCAGUCAGCUCUCUACUCUUAAUCACCACUAUCGAACUCACACUCGAGAGAAGCUCUGA